CUAUCUCACCGCACCUUCAGUGUCACACAACUCUACCUUUCCAUCCACCUUACCAACCGUUCAGUGUCCUCCACCCAUCUCUGCCAAUCCCUCCACUUGCCACCAUUCAGUGUCCUCCACCCCUCUCUGCCAAUCCCUUCACUGACCUCCACUCAUUGUCCACCACCCCUCUCUGCCAAUCCCUCCACUUGCCACCAUUCAGUGUCCUCCACCCCUCUCUGCCAAUCCCUCCACUGGCCUGCAUUUAGUGUCCUUCAUCCCUCUCUGCCAAUCCCUCCAAUGGCCUCCAUUCAAUGUCUGCCACCUCUCUCGGCCAAUCCCUCCAGUGGC